AUGGAUGCUGCAGAGAAGAGCAUGCGGGAGCGUGUCGUACCCAGUCGGUUGGACAUCUGUGUACAGCGCCUCUGUCUCGCGAAAUACGAGCUUCUCUUUUCCGAUCCAAAAAACCGCGUCCGUCCACGCUGCUUUAGCUCCUGGCUGGAUGAACACAAGCUCAACGCCUUGGGAAAGCGACGAGCAUUAAACUUGAUGCGCCGUGGAGAAGAUAUCCUGGACGCGCUCGAUAUCCUCGUCGGACUUCGCGUCCGCCAAGAACGUUCGGCAGAGGUGCAGCUUGGCACCUGCAACCGGUAG